ACAUAAUGAAGAAUAGCGUGAACAAACCGAACAUGUACAAACUUUUAGAACACAACUGUAGUUUGUUUUGGAUUUUCAGAAACCGGUAAUUCGUUGAAUCGAAAACGAAAGUAGGAUCGAUAUAGGGAGAGACGGGAAGGCAUGUAGAGAAAACACUGUGCAGUAAAUCCAUGCAGAGUAAUUCUAAAAUGGACGAGGAACACACAGGACAGAAUUUACCAGUACACUCACCGAUGGCUAACGCCAUUCUUUUAUAUGACAGAAAUGACGAAGACGUCCAAAAUCACUUUAUUGAAGAUCAGAUAGAGAAUCUUUCACUAGAACCUGAUCAAAUUCCUUCCUUGGAACCGAAAACAUGGAAAGAUUCCGUACAUGUGGCUAGCGGCACAAUACUACGAAAUGCAAGUGCACAACCAAGUAAAUAUGCUUAUUCCGAAAGCAAGGCAUACGAGGAUAAAGAUACAGUCGAGUGGAAACCCUUUAGAUAUGGCGUAUCAAAGACUGAGAGCAGGACGGAUGUUCCAAAGAAGAAACUAGUAUUAAGAGAGUAUCAACAUGAACAAGCAGAAAAACCUCUACGAGGAGAAAAUUGUAUAAUUGUCUCUCCUACCGGUAGUGGCAAAACGUGCGUCGCCAUCAGAAUAAUACAGGAUCAUCUAGAAAGAAAAAGGAAAAUGAAGAAAAUGGUGUUUGUCGUGGAUAAGAACAAUCUGGCAAAUCAGCAGGCAGAGAAAAUUGAGGAGUAUCUACAGUGUUCAGUUAAAGUAAUAUCUGGCGAUAUCCAAAGAGAAGAGGAAUGUGUUCAAGAUAUGGCAUCGCUUCUGCCUCACUAUGACGUUUUUGUGAUCACAGCGCAAAUGUUAGUCAAUGCUCUGACGAAGCAGAACGUCAACAUGAAAUUUUUCUCUUUGCUUAUAUUUGACGAAUGUCAUCACUGUUGUGGAAGUCACCCAUUUCAACAGGUUAUGAAUCAUUAUAUGGAUAUCAAAUUGGAAGGAGAUGAAAGCCAGCUUCCACAGAUCAUUGGUUUCACAGCCUCACUAGGACUCGCAAAAGUCAAUACUCUUGAAAAAGCCACUGAAAAUGUGAUGACAACUAUGGCAAACAUGGAUGCCGAUUACUUGGUGACAGUACAGAGGAACAAAAGCGAUUUGGCUAAGCAUGUGAAUAAUCCGAAUCAAUUUAUCACGAAUGUACCUGUUCGAAAGAAGAAUGAGUUUGGAACACUAAUCAAAAUCAUUAUGACUAGAACUGAAAAAUACUUGGAGCUCAACAGGGUUGGUAUGGUAGGUAUAGGAAUUAUACGUCCCCCAGCAACCAGAGGAAACGGGCAAUAUACGCAAUGGCUUGAAAACGGCCUUUUGAAAGCAUUGGCAACAUUCUCUGACUCGGAUGCUACUCGCUCACUGUACACCAUUAAGAACUAUUUAGAGAUUUACAAUAAUGCCCUUGUCCUCCUACAACAUGCAAGAGCAAUUGAUGCACUAAACUACAUAAAAGAUGAAAUUCAAAAGCAUCCAAAAACAUCAAAUUACACAGGGAUAGAGCAAAAAAUAAAGUUAUUACUUGAAGAGGAAUAUACAACGUUAGAGGCAUGUGCACUAGACCAUGAAAGGACCUCAGAAAACCCUCUUCUACUGAAGUUGAAAGAAAUCAUAUUAACUAUGCAUGCAGAAGAACCCAAUAUGAGAGGAAUAGUGUUUGUACGAACACGUAUUCUUGCUGAAGUCAUUGCUUCUUGGAUUGAGAGUACAACGGAAUUACAGCACAUAAAAGCACUAAAAUAUACGGGUGCAAAAGCUCAAAUUUCAGAAGGAGGGAUGACGAGAUACGAACAGAUGGACGCUCUGGAGCUCUUUAGAGAGGGUCAAUUCAAAAUCAUUGUUGCUACCACAAUUGCAGAAGAAGGACUAGACGUCAAAGAGUGUAAUCUUGUUGUAAGAUAUGAUUAUGCUGGAACUCCAAUUGCACUGGUACAAGCUAGAGGUCGUGGUCGAGCAGAAAAUAGUCGUUUCUACAUUCUGGCGUCCGAAGAUAAAUGUGUUGCUGAAAAAGAACUGAUAAAUACCUUAAAAGAGCCUAUGAUGGAGGAAGCCAUGAAAAGGGUACAACAAAAGGUCGAUCAUAACAAUAGUACAUUCUGUGUCCAAAAACGACGACUCCAAGAGCUGGCCAAAAGAGACCGAGAUCUAGCAAUACUAAAUCAGAGCACGACGAGAAUAAUUAAAACUGGGCAGUACUAUUUAAGGUGUUUGAAAUGCAACACUUUUUUGUGUAUGUCAAACGAAAUCAGAAGGAUAUUGAAUUGUCAUCAUACUUGCAUCAGUCAAGACUUAAAACAGAGGAUCAACUGUACAAAGUUCGAAAACGCGGCAUAUCCUGGAGAAGAUAUUGAAAUGGGAGUUGGUCAAAUUGAUUGCAAAGGGAAGGGAUGCGCUGUGAAGCUGGGGUCUAUUGCUCUGUAUCAAGGCAUUUUCUUUCCUAUUCUAAGCAUAAAGGCAUUAAAGAUCGAAAAAGACAUGUAUCAAAGAGAUACGUUGAAAAAAUGGAACAUGGUGGAGAAGUAUUUUACGGUGCAAGAUUUGUCGACGGAUGAUAUUGAGAAUAUCGUGAAAUGUGGUAGGCUUAUUGAAUUCUGCUAAAUUAUCUAAUGAAAGUGAAACAAAAGGACAGUAUCCAGUAAACAGAAAUACAUGAACGUGUCUAUCCGAUCUAAGAGUACGAAUCACCUUAAAUUCCAAAAGUCAUUUAUUACCAGUCCUAUCAGAAGCAAUACAAAGGUGUGUGUAAACUGAGAAUUUUUAUAGGAACAGAAUAAUGUCAUUUGAUUUUCAACUCUUUCCAAUUCACGGGGUAUUUCGUCAAUAUCGGAAUCCGUUCUACUGUUGUAUAGAAACAUUGAACCUUCUUAUAAAACAUUGUUUAACAUUAUUAUCCAUUGUUUAUUCAUUCUACAUUUCUUUGUGUUGUUUAUGUGCUGUGCAUCUGAAGAUGAACACACCUCUAUCAAUCUACGGAUUAUUCUCAUCUCCAUGUACUAUUCUGUGGUUGUUUAUAUUAUUAGUGAAUCCAGAGGGGACUACUAGUUUACACUCUGUCCGUCCGUCCGUCCGUCCGUCUGGUUCACUAUAGUAUCUUUACAGGUCUAGUAUAAGUUACGUUACAGUGGAGUUAUUUUUACGAAAAUUUAAGUGACUUUUGUCGAAAAUUGUUUUUCAGACUUGUUUUCCUCUAUGCUUAAACAUAGGAAUCUUAAAUUUCAUAUGUGGGUAUAAACACAGAAGAGAUCUAGACACCAUAUAGCGACAGAGACGUUGGUAGAAUAAAGCGGUGACUGUUGAAGACGCUAGGUUGAAGUGAAAUUGCCGAUCUUUAUAUGCUUCAUUGUUCAGAAUACUGGAGGUGAGGUUUUUCCUAACACAGCAAUAUAACUCAAGGCUGUGGAUACGAAUGAAGCAUUGUUUGAUGCUUCAAUAAAGUCAUCUUCUUUUGCAGAUGAUCGUUGACAUGUUUUGAAUAUUAAAAUUAAAGAAAAUGCAAAAAGUGCUAUCAUUUAAAACCGGACAUGGUCCCGGCAAUAUCUAUAGAUUUAUAAAAUUUUAUUUCCCUUUAUUUCUUAUUAUAGAUUUAUCUAUUUCUAUUAUGCAUAAACGUUUUAACGUAAUAUUAUUCACAAAGAAUAUUACGCAAACGACUUGAGGCAGUAGAUGACAUGUAUUGCUAUGCAAUAGUACAGAAUGAUUGUCUUAUUUGUCAUAAUAUUGUAUUCUAUAUUUCAAAGACUUCAUGUAUAUGCAUUUUGCUGGGUUUUUAAAAAAAAUAUGUAUUCUUUAUAAUUUUGAUAUGUUUUUCAUUUUUAUGAUUGUUUUAUUGUUCAAAGUUUUUUGACAGUUUGUUGUGGUAUUUCAGAUGUUAUAAUCAGAGGUAUUCUCUUUUCUCUUGUUAUUUCCACAGAAUGAUCUUAAAAUAUUGAUGAAUUGUUAAAAUAAAAGAGUAUAAUUAUA